GCAUCAGUCAACCAAGCAAUCGAAGCUAUUUGGAUGAACGACGCAGUUGUUUGGAAGUUCUUCGUGGAAAUAUAAAGAAAAACUAAUCGAACUAAUCAGCAUCAUGAGAUUGUUUCUCUUAAGUCUGUUGGCGGUGGGCAGUGUCCAUUCACUGGCCAUCGGUUAUCCCUACAAGUCGGGAUUGGUGGGCUAUGUUCCGGCCCGUGGUGAAUUCCCCGUUCAACGUUCUGUGGUGCAGGGCUAUGUGCGCUACCUGGACAGUCAUGGCGUUGAACGUUUAGUGCCGUACAGUUAUCCUGAACCGCUCUACGGUGUCAGACAAAUCAGCUAUGUUGGCGUACCCCAACACGACAGGUCACGUGAGUUUCAACAGAUUCGCGAAGCACACUUUCACGUCUAUUCCCUGCAACAGUACCAGGCAUUGAAGCGUGAAAUUGAUGCUUUGCAAGCUGAAGGCUCAGAACCGCCAACCGAUUUGUUGGACAAGUUCCAGCCUUUGGAGAAAAUCGCUCUGACCUCGGACUUUAGUUUAAUUGCUUCACUGCCGGACGUGAAGCAAGUCUAUGAUGAACAUUUGAAACUAUUUAAUGAUGCUCAUAUCAAAAAUUUACAGGCUGAAGUUGUCCACAAGCCCGCUGGAGAGAUUAAGACUUAUGGCUUCCAUCAAGCACCGUUGGCUGUGCCCGUGCCAGUGGAAGAGUCCCCCGAACAGAAGCAUGCCCGAGAGGAGCAUUUACGUAUUUACAAUGAGCAGAUAAAACAUUGGCAAGAGCUACAGGAACAACAUGGCCGUCUGGUGUCGGAGGUGGCGCCCAAGGUACACCAGACCACUGUUGUUGAGCAAUCAGUCAAGCAAGUAUCUAGUCAAGAUGAUGGCUUAACCGAAGUUGAAAGAGCCACCCAGGAGCAUUUGCGUUUAUGGAAUGAAGCCAAGUUGAGGGCAGAAAAGGCAAGUCAACACGAUAGUGUUUUAGAGAAGUCUCACCAAUCUGUGGACAAAAGCCAUGUUGUGGUGGAUAACGCGCAAAGUUCGGGCCAAGAAAUUCAUGAAGUUGUUGGCAAAUCAUCCUUAGACCACAUUGCCCACAUCGCCGUGCCCCAACCCAAAAACACCGUCGUCGAGGUACCCCAAUCCGUUCCCCAUGAACAACAUUUCAUUGUGGAUACACCCGAAGUAGUGAAAGCUCGUGCAGAACAUUUACGUUUGGUGGAGGAAGCCAAAACCAAGGUGGCCAGUGUAGAACAUGUUGAUGAUAAGCAAGAACACCAUAUCCAGGUGCCACAGGUGAAAUCCGUUGUCCACGACAUCCACAACAUUGUCCAUCCCGUUGGCAUUCCUGAUACCCCUGAAGUUGUUAAGGCUCGUGAAGAACAUUUGCGUUUGGUACAUGAAGCUCAGUCCAAGGUACAUUCUGUGGAGCAGAGUGGACGCACAGUGGACCAUCAUCAGGUUGAACAUGAAGUCCAUCCCCAGAUUGCUGACACACCCGAAGUGGUGAAAGCCCGCGAAGAACAUUUGCGUUUGGUAAACGAGGCCAAACUGAAAGCCCAGUCUGUGGAACAUCAUCAAAUCGAUUCUGUUCACCCUGAAAUUGUUCAUCCCGAAGAAACUCCCGAAGUCAGCCAAGCCCGCGAACAACAUUUGCGCAUUUUCAAUGAAGUCAAAGCCCACGUUGAGAAGGAACAGAAGUCUAGAAGUGAACUUGGCCUCGAAGCUGCUGAACAGGACCGGCCAAAGGAAGAAGAAAAAAUUCUUGAAUUGGAACGCAUUCGUGAGGCCGAACGCUUGCAAGAGGAACAAAAACAAUUGGAAUUGGAGCGUAUGCGUGAAGCCGAACGUUUGGCAGAGGAACAGCGACAAAUGGAGGCGGAAUUAAUGCGUUUGAAGCAGGAGGAAGAACAACGCUUGGCAUUGGAUUUGCUGGAGCAACAACGUCAACUGAAAGCUGAACAGGAACAAUUGCAGCAAGGUUUUACUACUGUGGAGUACAAACCAAUUUCCAUACCAGAUUCUAUUGCAGCUUUGAUGGUGGAAAAACAAGAAACUCUGAACAAUGAAAGUCCACAAGUGAAAAGUAUUGUCGUCGACAGUCACAUUCAGCAGCCCGUGCAACCUCAAAUAGUAGUUCCGGUCGUUGCUCCACAAUACGGCGAAAAUCCAUUCCUGAAGAAUCUCGUAGUGGACUCCAAUGUCAAGCAGGUGGUACAAGUUCAACAGCCAGUUUAUGUUGAACCUCAAGUGGGAUCGGUAGCUGUUCCAUCAGCUGAACCAGUCGCUCGUUACAUCCAAUCAUCGCAGCAGUCUUUGGGCACCAAACACCAACAUAUCAAAGAUGAUACCAUCAAAAUUCCCUCCGUAGAUCAUGCGAGCUAUCAGCCAGCCGACACAGCCGCAGCCCUCAUCCAUCUGGAAAAAGCCAGACAAGAACAUUUUCGUGCUCAUGAACAGGCCUUGGAACAAUUGCGUCUGGCCAGAGUACAGAAUCCAUCACUGAAGGACUGCAAUCAUUGAUUGAAAGAAAAUGCGAUUCCCACCUCUCCCCACCCCAGCCACUCCACUUUAUAAGGCAUAAGUUUACUGAUUUUAUUAAUGAUAUAUUUUUCUAAUUUUUUUAAUCUCAACG